AUGCCUACUUCAUUGCAAAGAUCCAUUGCCCUUGUUGGGGCUGGAUCUCUAGGUCAACACAUUCUCCGCGCUCUACUGACUAGUCCCAGCCAUCCAAACGUCGUCGUACUAACACGUCCUGAAUCCAAAAAUGAUCUUCCUAGCGACCUAUCUUCCGCAACAAUAAUACCAGUCGAUUAUACUAAUGUCGCUGCUCUGACAACAUUGUUUAAGGAGCACUCCAUCGAAGUUGUGAUUUCCGUCGUACCUCCGCCUGCAUACACCACUGUUCAGCAUGCUUUAGCCGACGCAGCGAAAGCUAGUGGGACCGUGAAAUUAUUUGUGCCAUCCGAGUGGGGUUUGCCAACGGAAGGGGCAAAGGAGAAAGGAGAAGAGAAUUUGUUUGCUGUGAAAGAUGAGGUAGCUGAAUACCUGAAAUCAAUUGAACUACCAUACACACGAUUCUACACGGGAAUGUUCAUGGCUUACGUUCCCUGGCUUGUCGGAAUUGAUGUGGAUGGAAGAGUUCAUAUCCAAGGCAAAGGAGAGACUCCUUUCACACUGACUAGCCAAGAAGACAUUGGUGGCUUUGUCGGACAUGUUUUGACUUCUCUGGCCCUCACUUCUCCUGAACUGGUAAACGCUUCUCUCCGAAUUCAGGGCCAACGUCUUACUCUGCGGGAAUAUGCACAAAUUGUUAACAAACCGGUUGUUACUGUGGCACAAGACGAAUCUCUCCCAGUAAAGACCGAAGGGGAAAAAGCUUUCAAGACCUUCUUACAAAAUCAAGUGGAAAGUGGUAAGGCCAGCACGGGAUGGGAUCGCAAAACCGAGAAAGAGAUAGAUGGAGCGGCAGGAAGUGCGAAUAAGUUGUGGGAAGGCCAUGUCUGGCAGACGGUGAAGAACAACUAG